AAAUCAGCCACCUGGGUCAUCAGGUCGUGGAGAUAGACCGGCCAUGGGAGUAUUGCACGGCACCCCUUGCUCCAACCCCAUCAUCCACAAUGCAGAUUCCAGCUACGUUUGUGAAUGAUGAUUCAUGAUAAUCUGCUAGACACAUUCGCGCAACAGCAAUCGUGGCGAGUGGCGAUGGAACAACCAGUAGUAGGGAUUGGGUUCAUUUCCCGAGUCGGAGCACUUCUCUCGGCCGUUAUCAUUCCCCGAUCUGAUUCGACCCCGGGACUUUUCAUCGUCACGCGGGCAGAAGGUCAUCAUGCCUUUCCUUCAUGUCUGCUGAUGAGAUUGUUUCUGCUGGUGCUGCUCCUACUGUGUUCACUACUGCCCGCUAGUGCUGCUGGCAAUGCCGAAUUGCUUGUAUUGUAGCUUGACUGGUGCCGGGCCAAAACAGCCAAAACAGCCGCGGCUAUUCCUCCCUCUCCAGUACUGCAACCGAAGAAUUGCUCGCAUUCCUCGUUUG